UUUGAAUUAAAACACAUAGGUUGUUCAUCUUAGUUUUUAAAUUAAAUCAUUCAAUCCCAUAACCCCCGUUUUUAUUUACUAGUUUCAUAAAAAGAGAAUUAUUCCUUUCCCUGUGAACACGAACUCUACUUCACCUAUACUACGUAUAAGUAUUAGUAUCGAUUUAUUUUGACGCAUUGACAAAGUGCUCGUCAAGAAUCCUCGCUAAAUCGUAGGGGAACCGAUCGGGAAUUUUUAGCUCUUCCGUUUAUAACUUGAAUAACAUGUUGGAGCGUUACACAAAGCGAAGAGGUUCCAUACGGUGACUUGCCGGUCGGGAAAAUUUGGACGGCUAGGAAAAUCUCGACCUGCGGUCCUUCCGAGCGGGAGAUAUGAACCCUGACAGGGAAGACAUAUGGCGGUCUGGGCUGAGUGGCUAGAUCCACCACCUGUUGACUCCCUCAGGGCAAGAAACUACCGUUCUUUGGAAACCGGACGGCUUGGUGCGUUGGUUAGUUGUCCGUGCUGGUCAGUGCGGUUGAGCCCGGGCUGCAAUCUCCGUCUGGUGGAUACCUGGCGAACGGGUCGGGGAUACCGAACAGGGGGUGCCGAGUUGGGAAAAUGGAGGGAGUGGGUGGCCUUCCCGGCGUCAUCACUUUGUUUGGGCCACCCUGGUCCAUUCGUUUCAAUAAGGAUUGCAGUUUGGAAACGAAGACCGGACUGAUGGCCCAUCAUACCACCUUCUGGCUACAGUGGGUUUUAAAUUCCAGUUCGGGUUAGAACCUAGAAGUCCUUUGAUGAAACAGGGAACAUUUAUCGGACAGGGGAUCAUGGUAAGCUGUGGAGUCUGAUAUUGGCAGGUACGCCCAGGCCGUUUGGGCUACGAACAUGAUUGCCAUGUUCGUACCCUUCUGGCAUUCUUUUCUCGGUGCUGCCAGGAUGGGGCGGUGAUUCUACCGCUCUGAAUUGUUUGGUUUAACACCACCGGGGUAUGAUCAGCCGUUCUCACAUGCCUUGCCCUUGGUUCGGGCCACACUUGGAUGCGGAGGACGCUCGGCCGAAGACCCUCGUUCGGGCCAUGCCCUUGGUUCGGGCCACACUUGGAUGCGGAGGACGCUCGGCUGAAGACCCUCGUUCGGCCCAUUCCCUUGGUUCAGGCCACACUUGGAUGCAUAGGACGCUCGGCCGAAGACCCUUGUCUAAGCCCUGCCCUUGGUUCGCGCCACACUUGGAUGCGGAGGACGCUCGGCCGAAGACCCUUGUUCAGGCCGUGCUAUGUUGGGAAGGUUAUUCCCUGUUGUGUGGCCUGUCACAGCCCGAUCGAACACUUUGGGGAUUCCCAUUCUAGGCUUGGGGUCCUGUCGGAGACACUAACCAGUGGCAUCUUGGGGUCUCUCCGGGUGUCGUUCGCGGAAUCCCCGUUCGGGAAGCUAGAGUUUACCUUUUGGAUAACCAUGAACCUGUCAAAUAAUCAAUCAUGUUGUCAGGCUCCCCAUGUGAAAGUAGGCUGCCAAUUCUCUGUAUAUCAGCUGGGAGCACACGGGUCCCACUCACCACAUGGACCUCCUGCUCCUCUCCCCUGUGGUAAGCUCUCUGGCGGUUCUUUCGCGGUAGUGACUACCUUGGUGAAGCUACAUUGAGCAUCAUGGCUCAAGGAGGUUGUCUGGCCGGAGCACGACCUGCCUUCUGUCUAGAAUCAGGAACUCUUUGGUUGCUUGUCCCUCUGUUGAAGCCUUGAAAGUUGCUGCUUGUCGUUUCUGCUGUCAAAAUUUUUCCUUUUUCGAUUGGAAAUCAAUUCAUUUUGGAAUCAAAACUUUGUAUAAUCGAGAACACAUGAAUCUUUUUGAACUGAUUCCCACAGACGACGCCAAUGUUGAGUUUAAGUCCAACAGAAACUAAUAAAUAUAGAUAUAAUAUGUAUGAAAUGCCCUAUUGCUAUGUGGAAACCCGGAAAGUGAGAAAACCAUGGAACUUUUUAGGCUAACGUCCAAGCUAGCUCUUUCUUAUUAAUACUCUCCUCACCAUUUACAUAGUACAAAUAUCUUGGAACUCCAUUAAUGGAGCUUUGUUGCUAAGCUCUAAGAAGAAGCAUGGAAGAAGAGUAAGAAACAGAGAAAAG